AUGAAAGGUUCAUGGCUCGCCUUGCGGGAAAAAGCGUCUUCUAGCUCAAUUGCGCUUCAAUCAAAUACGCCAAAACGAGACUCAGCCAUAGACAGCAAUCAGCCCCAUAGCAUCCAGGGACACACGGACAAGGCGCAAGACCUACGAUGGUCUCUUUCUCCAUCGAACAUUUAUUUGCGAGAUCUGACGCCGGCUGAGCAGAGGACGGGUAUACUUUCUCUUCUGCCACAGCAGCUCGCGCGCAGACAACUUGCUACCAAAACCAUCCUCGAUGGUGUAUCCGCAGACAUUGUUGCUGGGAGUCUUACAGCUAUAGUUGGGGGCUCCGGCAGUGGCAAGACAACCCUGCUUGACACUAUUUCACAACGGGUCAAAACAAGUCGAAUCGAUGUUUCGGGCUCUGUGUACUACAACACAUCACUUCUGAGCUUCCAUAAGGGUACCAAAGCUCACAUCAAUGUGCCGUACGCCUUACAAGAUGAUGUACUCUUGCCACAGCUGACAGUUCGCGAGACCCUCACGUACGCUGCCGCUUUGAGGCUGCCAUCUUCGGUGACACAUAAAGAAAGAUCUCAGCGAGUCAACCAUAUCCUUGAAGAUCUCGGCCUUGCACAGUGUGCCGACACAAGGAUUGGGGACAGUUUGCACAAAGGUUGUAGCGGUGGUGAAAGACGACGAACUACAAUUGCCAUACAAUUGCUUACGGACUCCUCGGUUCUGUUCCUGGACGAGCCUACAACAGGCUUGGAUGCUGCUGCUGCUUUCCAGCUUGUGAAGGUGCUAAGGCGUCUGGCCCAUACGGGCAGGACCAUCGUUAUGACCAUACAUCAACCUCGCUCGGAGAUGUGGGAGUUGAUAGACAAUCUAAUUGUAAUGAGUCAGGGAAAAACUGCCUACUCAGGUUCUAAAGAUGCAUGCCUCGGACAUUUCGAACAGGCUGGCCACGAGAUUCCUUUGUUUGUCAAUCCCUUCGAGUUUGUCAUGGACAUAACUGCAAUCGACAACCGAACACGUCAACUUGAGUCCAAGUCGAGAGCACGUACUGAUGCUUUGACGCGUCUGUGGAAGCAAAAAGCUGCGCAGUUGUACGCUACCCAGCCCAAAGAGAAUCCCGACCAACCUUCGUGGGAUACAACGGCUCUCUUCGAACAGUCGAAUCACCAUGUUUCGGUCAUGCAACGGACAAGGGUCCUUACUCUCCGCACAUGGAAAGUGACCUGUCGCGACCGACUAGGCGUCUUCGCCAGCAUCAUUGAGGCCAUAACCAUGGGAGUCGUCACGGGCUGGAUUUUCUACGACGUCGGAAGCGAUCUUUCGGGGAUUCGUUCUAGAGAAGGAGCCAUGUGGUCAGCUGUCGGCCUUCAGGGUUACCUGGUGCUGAUCUUUGAGACAUAUCGACUCACGAACGACAUCAAGGUAUUUGACCGAGAACGGCGAGAAGGUGUGUCUUCCGCACUUGCAUUUGUGGCCAGUAGACGAAUGGCUCGCGCGCUACUAGAGGAUAUUCCGGUUCCCUUGAUAUACUCAACACUCCUGUACUUUAUGGCAGGCUUCCGCCACGACGCAGUUCAAUUCUCGGUCUUCUUUGCGCUUGUCGUGAUGCUGCACUACGCCGCAGUCAACGUGGCCACGAUAUGUGUCGCGUUGAGCCGCAAUUUCCAGAUAUCCUCGCUGAUCGCGAACACGAUCUAUACCGCCCAGUCGAUGGCUUGCGGCUUUUUCAUCAACACCUUGGAAAUCGCUAUCUGGUUGCGGUGGACUAAGUGGAUAUCUUACUUGUUUUAUGCAUUCGGUGCCUUGUGCGUCAACGAGUUUGCUGGCCAUGUCUACGACUGCCCAAGCUCUCUCGGUACUCUGAACUCUGCUGCUUGCAAGGAAUACGAUGGCGACUUCAUUUUGCAGUCGCUGAAUAUACCUCAUACCUGGCUGAGGAGAAAGCUGCUUUGGAGCCCUAUCCUGGCUACAUCGGCUUUUACAGUGCUGUUCUUGUUCAUAGCCAUCCUCGUCCUCCACUUCAACCACAACGAAGUUCAGGUUUCUCGACAGGUCGGCACCGACAAUGAUUACCUGGCGGAAAAUGUCCGGCUUCGUGACGAGCAGGCGAAGCGAAUGACCACCGUGACAUUACAGCAGAUAUCCCUGGGCUUUGAGCAAAAACGGAUCUUGCGGAAGAACAAUUAUCGGCCGGUCGUUGGGAAGACGAGCCUGCUGAACUGUAUGGCCCGAAGAGUGCACGAUACUGCAACCACGAAAUGGCACCAAACUGGAGAGAUGCUCUUCAAUGGUGCCAGCGUGUCGGGUGCCGUGCUCCGAUCUGCUUCCUCCUACGUUGUCCAAGACGACGAGGGAUUGCUCGCUUUCCUGACCGUUCGCGAAACACUACAUUAUGCCGCGCUUAUGCGACUCCCGAAGUGGAUGUCCGCAACACAGCAAAUUGACCGUGCCGAAUCGCUCAUAGCAAACCUCGGUCUGAAGCAGUGCGCCGAUACGAUGGUCGGUAACGAACUGUGUCGAGGUAUCAGCGGCGGCGAGAGGAGAAGGCUGUCUAUAGCAAUUCAAAUCCUUGCCGAUCCUCUUGUCCUGUUUCUGGAUGAGCCGACUUCCGGACUAGACACGGUCACCGCAGCCUCCACAAUUGACGUACUUCAAGGCCUCGCCAGCGAAGGCCGCACUAUUAUUUUCACCAUUCAUCAGCCUCGGUCGGAAUGGCUGAAACGUUUCGAAACGGUUCUUUUGCUUGGGAAAGGAGGAGAGGUUGCCUAUACAGGACCGACGUCGUCCAUGCUCGACCACUUCCAGCGAUUGGGUCACGAGUGUCCUCAACAUCAGAAUCCGGCUGAUUUCGUCCUUGACCUAACCACUCUAUGCGCACCUGCUACCCCGACGAAGACUCCAACCCGUCUGUUGAUGCAGAUAGACCCAGACGAGCCUCACCAGCCCCCGAUCUUGACGCCAGCACAUCUUGGCACGUAUGCCCGUGAGCCGCUCGGAUUCGCCCGUGCACUCUCUCUGCUUCUACGCCGGGAGCUCACCAACAUCACCCGCCAGCCGGUUCUGGCCAUGGGCCGAGUCUCACUCUUCGUCGGCGUCGCCCUCAUCCUCAUCUGCUACGCCACCCCACUCAAACACGACUACUAUUCCGUACAAUCACGCAUGGGUUGCGUCCAACAAAUCACAGCGCUAUACUUCGUCGGCAUGUUGAACGCCAUCGCGCUGUACCCUGCACAACGUGAACUAUUCUACCGCGAAGACGAGGACGACCUGUACUCUCUCGAAGCGUUCUUCGUCUCGUAUUCGAUCCUCGAGAUCCCCAUAGAGAUCUUGUCGGCCUUGCUUUUCGGCGUCGUCACCGUGCUCGGCGUCGGCUUUCCACGAACGCCGUCUUUGGUGUUUAUCUUCGCGUUCAACGCCUUUUGCGUGGUCAACUGUGGGGAGAGUCUCGCCAUCCUCCUCCUGACGUUCAUAUCGCAUGCCGGCAUGGCAGUGUCUCUAUGCUGCAUCUUGAUUUCCAUCAGCGUGCAUCUUACGGGCAUCAUCGCCAUAACGAUCCCCGGAUUUCUAGGUGCGCUGAACUACGUCUCGCCGCUCAAAUGGUUGAUCGGGAAUAUCACGCCUUACAGCCUCCGCGGAGUCACGUUCACUUGUACUCAGGCGCAGCGAUUGCCGAAUGGGCGAUGUCCGAUCGAGACUGGACAGCAGGUUCUGAAACUGUACCAGCAAGAACACAAUGCGCCCAUGUAUCUGGCUAUUUUGGCUGGUGUCACUGUGGGCUACAGGCUGUUGGCUUACAUGGUGCUGAAAGCGCGGCGGACACGUUGGCGCGAAUUGAUGCACAAUCUGAGGAUGACUUCUGCAUAA